AUGGAUCGCAUCAAAGUGGAUAUCGGCAGGCCGAUUCCAAAAUUGACGGAGUUCGACAAGAAGAUCGAUUUCUUCGCAAAGAUGAAGCAGGACCUGUCCAACAUAAAGACCCCAGAAGAUAUCCACUGGCUGCGUGUUAACGUUCAGCCUGUGAAGGUCGCGUUGGUGAAGUACGCGAAGACCUGGGAGGAGAAGUACACUGUAUUUCUGAAGGAUUUCACCGAAGCCAGGAUCAAGACGCUGGUUGAUUUCAUCGACAGACUCAGGUCUGGCCUUGGUUCGAAGUCGCCCGUGGAUGAGCCAGAGAACGAGAAGUUGCUUUACGCUGUGAUGACGUACAUCGCAGAUGUGAAAUUGGCAAAGACUGCGGUGAGCAGCCUCUUCCAGCCCAUCAGGGAAUUAUGCCACCUCCUCAAAAAACACCAAAUCGUCCCUGCAGGGCUUCAGGAGCUUGAGCACGCGCCCUCGAAGUGGGACGAGGUCAUCCGCCUAGCCUACGAUGAGAAGGAGAAGAUUCUGCCACUUCAGAACGAAGAGAGUAUCAAGAUCCGGAGCAAGAUCGAUCACUUUGGCAUGGAGGUGUCGGCCUUCCGCAAGCAAUUUCUGUCGGAGUGCCCUUUCGACGAGACAAAUGCCAAAACGCGCGAGUACGACAAGAGCUACGACUCCAUCAACGAAUGGUACGUGAAGACCCAGGAUAUUAGAGCGCGGGCAGGCGAGUACAACGACCUCGAAAUGCUGUUCGACAUGGCCAUGUCCAACUACCGUGAUCUGAAGUACUGUUUUGAAGAGCUCGUGUUGCUGAAGAACUUAUGGGAUGGGGUCUCGCUCAUCUUGGAUACUUUUGAGAAUUGGAACGACAUCCUGUGGGAGAACAUCGACACCGACGGGCUGGUGGCGACCGUGCGCGACUUCCAAAAUCAGGUCAAGAACAUGAACAAGGGUGUGCGCGGAUUGAAACUGUACAAGUGGCUCCAGGACGAGGUCAAGAACAUGGCCACUGUGCUACCGCUCAUCAACGACCUGCACAGCGACACGAUGGCCGACCGGCACUGGACGUCGCUGAUGACAGUGACGCAGACCACGUUCGACAAGGGCCCAGACUUCUGCUUCAAGAACCUCCUCGACCUCCACUUGCACCACUUCGCGGACGACGUGUCGGAGAUCGUCGACCAAUCAGUCAAGGAGGCGAAGAUCGAGAAGAAACUGCUCAGAAUCAGCAAGGACUGGGCCAAGAUGCAGGUCACCUUCGACACGUCGAACCCCGAGUGCCCACUGCUGGGAGAGCUCGGGGAGAUCCUCGAGCGCCUCGACGGCGACUCCCUCGAGAUGAUGGGCAUGACAUCGCAGGGUCGUUUCAUCGAGUUCUGCAAGCCGCUGGUGGACGAGUGGAGCGGCAAGCUUCGCACCAUCGACUCCGCUCUCACCGUCUGGCAGAAAGUGCAGGCUAAUUGGUGCCGUCUGGAGCCCAUCUUCAUGCAGAGCGACGACAUCCGGUCCCAGUUGCCCGAGGAUGCGAAGCGCUUCGAACAGAUGGACAACCAAUGGAAGGACCUCAUGCUUGACGCCUCAGGGUCCUACCUCAUAGUGGACAUCUGCUGCUUCGAAGGCCGGGAGGACGCGCUCAACAAGAUCAGCGAGGGCAUCGACACGUGCGAGAAGUCUCUGAACGAGUACUUGGAGCAGAAGAAGAAAAUCUUCCCGCGAUUCUACUUCGUGGCCAACCAGGCAUUGCUGGACAUCCUAUCGAACGGAAACCGCCCGCUGAAGGUCGCCGAGUACCUCGGAGAUAUGUACGAGGGGGUCAAGACGCUGAACUUCGAGAAGGAUCCCAGUACUGGCAAGGUCGUCUCUGGCAUCCUUGCUAAGGACGGCGAGAAGGUGCCCUUUUUCGCAGACCUCAUUCUGGACGGUGCGGUGGAGAAUUAUCUGGUGGCCAUGGAGGCGCACUUUCGCAUGCAGCUGCGCGAUAUCCUCGAGCAGGCAAAAACCACAGCCGAUUGGGAUGUUGACGGUGCAAAGCCUCGCGAGUAUUGGCUUGAGGACUAUUGCGCGCAGCUCGCCCUGGUGGGCACGCAGAUCACGUGGACAGAGGAGACGGCCCGCGCCUUCGAGGAGAUCGAGAGUGGCAACGAGAACGCCAUGAAAGAGUCGAAGAAGGUCAACGACGAACGCAUCGAGAAGCUGAUCAAGCGCGUACAGACGCCACUCGACAAGGAGACGCGCAAUAAGAUCAUCACCAUCAUUACUAUCGACGUGCAUUCCCGUGAUGUCAUCGAAGACUUUGUGGUCAAGCGGAUCACGGAUUCCACAGAUUUCAAGUGGUUGCAGCAAUUGCGCUUCUACUGGGCCCACUGCCCGCAGAACUCAAAUCUGGUGUCGUAUACUCCAGAGGAUCAGAAGACAUGCGUUAUCAAGAUCUGCGACUGGACCACGAUCUACUGCUACGAGUACGUGGGCAACUGUGGCCGCCUUGUCAUCACACCGCUCACUGACCGAUGCUACAUCACACUGACACAGGCGCUCAACCUGACACUUGGCGGUGCGCCCGCAGGGCCUGCAGGGACAGGUAAAACGGAGACUACCAAGGAUCUGUCACGAGCAAUUGGCUUGCAGAUCGUAGUGUUUAAUUGCAGUGAUCAGAUGACAUAUCAGACGAUGGCCCAGAUUUUCAUGGGUAUCGCCCAGACAGGGUGCUGGGGAUGCUUUGAUGAGUUCAAUCGUAUCUCUAUCGAGGUGCUCUCGGUGAUUUCUACGCAGUACAAGACGAUCUUGGAUGGCAUCAGACAGAACCUGACCUCAUUGAACUUCAUGGACGAGGAAAUUCGGUUGAUUAACACGAACGGCGCAUUCAUCACCAUGAAUCCAGGAUAUGCCGGGCGCACGGAGCUGCCAGAAAAUCUGAAGGCGCUCUUCCGGUCCGUUGCCAUGAUUGUGCCAGACUUGCGCUUCAUUUGCGAGAACAUGCUUAUGUCCGAGGGUUUCAUCAAGGCCCGCCCGUUGGCUAAUAAGUUCGUCCAGCUUUACGCGCUGUGCAAGGAACUCCUUUCGAAGCAAAUGCACUACGAUUGGGGUCUCCGGGCAGUCAAGUCUCUGCUCCGGCAGGCUGGAGGGCUCAAGCGUGCAGAGCCUGAGUCUGAUGAGAACCCUGUGCUCUGCCGUGCGUUGCGCGACUUCAACACACCAAAGAUCACGACAGGUGACAUGCCCAUCUUCCUGCGGCUCAUCCAGGACCUCUUUCCGGGCAUCUGGCCGAACCCGUUCGAGAACCCCGAGUUCGAGACAGUCUGCGUGCGUGUCGCUAAGCAGCGCGGCCUGCAGCCAGACUCGCAGUUCAUCAUCAAGACGGUCAGCAUGUUGGGCAUCCUGGAGGUCAGGCACUGCAUGUUCAUUAUUGGGCCCACAGGCUGUGGCAAGACGGAGGUUUGGAAAACGCUCAUGGAGGCGCUCAAGGAAACGGGCAGCGACGGGAUGUGGGAGCAGGCCAACCCGAAAGGCGUCACGUCCGACGAGCUCUACGGCACCAUGUCAAAGACGAAAGAGUGGAAGGACGGCCUCAUCGCCGUCAUAAUGCGAAACAUGAGCAAGGAAAUGAACGGGUACAAGUCCACACACCAGAACAAGUGGGUCAUUCUGGAUGGUGAUAUCGACGCCACUUGGAUCGAGUCCAUGAACACGGUCAUGGAUGACAACAAGGUGCUUACCCUGGUUAGCAACGAGCGUAUCCCGUUCACGCCCAGCAUGCGUAUGAUUUUGGAGAUUCAGGACAUGAAGCACGCUAGCCCAGCGACUGUGUCUCGCGGCGGAGUGCUCUUCGUCAACGAGACCGACAUAGGCUGGAAGCCAUACAUGGAGAGCUGGCGCGAGAAGAUGGACCCAGUGCCGCAGAACACCUUCUACUUGUUAUUUAACAACUAUCCAGCGGAUUUCGAGUCGCAGAUAGAGUCAAUCCGAAAGACGUUCGGUUUCUCGUGCCCGAUAUAUGACAUGGGCUUCGUGCAAUCGAUCACCGCCUUCGUUGACGCUUUGCUUGAGCAUAACACAAAAGAUAAUGCGGAGGCGUUGCGGACGAUGGGGACCGAGGAUCUCAAGCUGGCCUACGAUGCGAUUUUCGCGUUCGCUAUGAUGUGGACCAUCGGAGGGGCCGUUUCUGACGAUAAGGUGACGAACCACCGAAAGAAUUUCAAUUCAUUUAUGAAGGGACUGUCGAAGGUGAAGUUCCCAGAUGCCGGAGACUGCUUCGACUACUUCUUCGACCUUAAGGCGCGGGAGUGGGUUUCAUGGGAGGACAAGGUGAUUUCCUACGAGCCAAUCGCGGACAGAAUGUACCAGAACAUAGUAAUCAGUAACAUGGAACUGGAGCGUAUGAAAUACGUACUGGACCUGCAUGUCAAAGUCAAGAAGCCAGUAUUGUACGUUGGAGUUGCUGGCACUGGGAAGACGACGAUUGUGAAGGACUACCUUGCCGACCUGAAGGCGAGAACUGAGGAUUUCAUGAGCCAGUCCAUCAAUAACAACAAUUACACGACGUCCGCUCGCCUCCAGAGCAUCAUCAUGAGUUCCCUGGACAAGCGUUCGGGAAAAACCUACGGCCCGCCAGGGAAUAAGAAGUGCAUCUUCUUCAUCGACGACAUUAACAUGCCAUACGUCGAUCAAUACGACACCCAAUCGGCGAUCAUGCUCCUCACGCAAAUGCUCGCGUAUGGGGAAGUGUACAAUCGCGAGUUCCUGUCAGAGAAACUGCUGUUGACAGACAUUUUUUUCACUGCGUGCAUGAACCCCAAGGCUGGGUCUUUUAUGAUCAACCCGCGCCUGCAGCGCCGCUUCACUGUGGCGACGACAUUCACGCCGACUGGCCAACUCAUCUCCAGCAUCUACACUGCAAUCCUUUCCAAGCACUUGGGGGGCUUCGUGCCAGCCGUACAGAAGCUCUGUGAACCAAUCGUGACUGCUACGAUCGAGACUUUGACAACCAUCCUGAACACUCAGUGCUUUCUGCCGUCGGCCUCCAAGUUCCACUACCAGUUCAACCUGAAGGACAUCGCCAAUAUUUUCCAGGGGCUGUCGAAUACCAACUCGCAGCUCUACAAGGACGGUGCGACCAAGUUCGCCCGUGUGUGGUUGCAUGAGUGCUACCGGGUCUUCUCGGACCGCCUUGUAUGCAGGGAGGACCAGGCGGAGCUUCAAGUCAUACUCGAAAAGGCGUCUGGGAAGGCAUUCGCCGGCAUGUCCAAAGAUGACCUCUUCGCCCAGCCGUUGAUUAUGACAUCUUUCGUCUCGCAGGCGGGCGGCAACGAGAGGCAAUACCUGCCAGUGAAGGACGGGGCGCAUCUGAAGAAGGUUGUGGAAGACAAGCUCGGCGAGUACAACGAGGCGUACGCGGCAAUGAACCUGGUGCUCUUCGAUGAUGCCCUUGGACACAUCUGCCGUAUCUCGCGCAUCACCGACAACCCUUGCGGCAACGCGCUGCUCGUCGGCGUUGGCGGCUCUGGGAAGCAGUCCUUGGCACGCCUGGGCAGCUUCAUCAACAACCAGGACGUGCUCAGCAUUCUCGUGAACCAGAGCUACGGGCUAAACGAGCUGAAAGUAGACCUGCAGGAGUUCUACAAAAAGGCCGCUGUGAAGCCAGGCCUCCCGCAUUGCUUCUUGAUGACCGACGGUCAGAUCGCGGACGAACGUUUUUUGGUGGACAUCAACGACAUGCUGUCUAGUGGGAAUAUUCCCGAUCUGUUCACCCGCGAGGAGUACGACGGCAUUUUCGGGGGAGUGCGCAACGCGGCAAAGGCCGGAGGUUACUCGGACGACCGCGACGGCUUGUUCUCAUUCUUCAUCGACAAGGUGCGCAAGAAUCUUCACUUCACCCUUUGCCACUCACCAGUGGGAGACGAUUUCCGUAUUCGCGGCCGCAAAUUCCCUGCGCUGAUCAGCUGCAGUGUCGUCGACGAGUUCAUGCCGUGGCCCCGCGACGCCCUCGACGGCGUCGCCAGACGGUUCUUGGUCGACUUGCAGGCAUCGGGCAAUAUCAACGACGAUAACAUGCUUGCCUCAGUUGCGGCUAGCAUGGCCGAGAUACAUUUGUCCAUCGACGCUGCCAACAAAAACUUCCUCCAGAUGGAGCGCAGGUUCAACUACACCACUCCCAAGUCCUUCCUCGAGCUGAUCAGCUUCUACAUCAAUAUGCUCACGAAGAAGCAGUCCGGCGUAACCUUCAAUUGCGACCGCUUGGAAAGAGGCCUGGCCAUCAUGGAGCAGGUCCAGAGCAAGGUGGAGGGUCUGAAAGAGGAUCUGAACAUCACGAUGGUGCAGGUCGAGGAGAAGAAGGCGGCCACGGCUAUCCUCAUCGAGCAGGUCACCAAGGCCAAAGAUCACGCUGCCGUGGAGAAGGCCAAGGCGGACGAGGAGGAGGCCAAGACCACGAUCUUGGCAUCGGAGGCCGCGGCGCUGCAAGCGGAGGCGGACGGCGAGCUGAAGGAGGCCAUGCCCGCCAUGGCAGCCGCCAAGGAGGCGGUCAACUGCCUGGACAAGAAUUCCAUCUCCGAGCUGAAGCAACUGCCGAAGCCGCCCCCCGAGUGCGUCGAGGUCACUGCGGCCUGCGCUUUCCUGCUGAAGAACGAGAAGAAGAAGAUACCCUGGGCAGCAGCCCAGAAAAUGAUGAACAAUCCGAACGCGUUCCUCGAGGAGGUGAAGGCAUAUAGCCCUGAGGUGAUCCCGGAGCAGACGCUGAAGAACGUUGACGAAUUGCUGGCGCAGCCGUUUUUUAAUUUUGAGACAAUGAAGUCUAAGAGUAUUGCAGCAGCGAAUCUCGCAAAUUGGAUCGUGAAUUCUGUGAAAUAUCACAAGAUCUACGUUAAGGUGGCGCCUCUCAUGGCCAAGGUGGAGGAAGCUACGCAGACGAAAUCAGAGGCUGAGGCAUCGCUGGCGAUCGUCAAGCAGCAGGUGGCAGCCCUCGAUGCGGAAUGCGCCCUGCUGGACGAAAAGCUGAAUGGAGCUGUAAAUGAGAAGGAGAAAACUGAGCAGCAGGCUGCCAAGUGUCUCGAGAAACUGCAGUUGGCGGAGCGUCUCGUGCUCGGCCUGGCCGACGAGUACAAGCGCUGGACGGACACCGUCAAGGAUAUGAAGGAAUUGACGGUGAAGCUCAUCGGCAAUUGCUUGUUGUCUUCUGCCUUUGUGGGAUACAUCUCGCCUUUCAACAUGCGCCUGCGCUUGGAGUUGUGGAAGGAAACGUGGACUAAGGACAUCACCGACAAGGCGAUUCCCAUCUCCCCCUCGAUCGACCCCCUGAAGGCGUUGGCGACAGAGGCGGACAUCGCUGGCUGGCUGAACGAGGGGCUCCCUUCGGACCGCAUCUCGUUGGAGAACGCCGCGGUGGUGACGAGCUGCUCGCGCUGGCCGCUCAUGAUCGACCCCCAGCUGCAGGGUGUCAAGUGGAUCAAGCAGAGGAUUGGAGAGGACCUCCAAGUGCUCCAGUUUACCAUGAACAACUGGCUUCAGAAAGUUGUCUUCUCCAUUCAGAUGGGCGGGCAGCUCCUCCUGGAGUCCGUAGGUGGCGAGAUCGAUGCUAUUCUGGAGCCGGUGUUGUCGCGCGCGGUGGUGAAGCGGGGCCGUACCGCUAUGAUUAUCAAGAUCGGCGGUGAGGAGGUCGACUACGAUCCUAAGUUCCAGCUGUACCUGCAGUCCAAGCUGCCCAACCCGCACUACAGGCCCGAGAUCGCGGCGCAGUGCACCAUAAUCAACUUCAUCGUCACGCCGGAGGGCCUGGAGGACCAGAUACUGGCACUGGUAGUGAACGUUGAGAAGCCCGAGCUGGAGCAGCAGAAGCAGGCCUUGGUGAGGCGGCAGAACGAGUUCAAGGUGACGCUGGCCAGUCUGGAGGAUGAUCUGCUGUCACAGCUCUCGGCUGCAGACCCAGCCACUAUUCUCGACAACUUGCCGCUCAUCGAGGGCCUCGAGAAGACGAAAGCGACGUCGAAAGAGAUCGGGAUACAGGUCAAAGAGGCUCAGAAAACCGAGUUGGAGAUCAACACAUCGCGCGAGCAGUAUAGGCCAGUGGCAGCAGAGGGUUCAAUGCUGUUCUUCUUGAUUAUCCAACUCUGCUUCAUUGAGCACAUGUAUCAGUACUCGCUGGAUUCAUUUAUCUCCUUCCUUUACAAGGCGAUCGACAAAACAGAGGCAUCCGAUGAUGUCGCUCUCCGCUCCCAGAGAAUGAUCGCCAUGAUCCGCAUGGUGAUCUUCCGCUGGGUGAAUCGCGGCCUGUUCGAGCGUCACAAGCUGAUCUUCUGCUCGAUGCUCACCUUUAAGCUCUUCACGAAAGGCCAGCUGACUGGGGAGGAGUACAACUCCAGCUACCUGAACUUCCUGCUGCGUGCGCCCGGCAUGGUGGGCAUGGAGAACCCGCUGUCGGAAUGGCUACCGAGCAAGAACUGGGGCCUGGUAUUGAGGCUUUCUGAGCUGGAGGGCUUCGAUUCGUUCGCCACCAACAUGGAGAAGGAUGCGCCCAACCGCUUCAAGGAGUGGUUCAACGAGCUAGCCCCCGAGGACAUCAAGCUGCCCCUGGACUGGAAGAAGCUCGAUUCCCUGCCUUUCCAGAAGCUCCUGGUGCUCAGGUGCCUGCGCCCAGACAGGCUGUGUGGUGCGCUUGCCGACUGGAUCCGGAGCACAUUGCCAAAUGGGCGCGAUUACAUGGAUUGCGAUGGCUCGUCGUCUUUCCAGCAGAUUCUGCAGUCAUCUUUUGAUGACUCCACGAGUGUAACCCCCAUCUUCUUCAUCCUGUCUCCUGGUGCGGACCCGGUGAAGGAGGUUGAGGCCAUGGGAAGGAAGACUAUCAACCUGCAGCUCGGCGUGAACUAUCACAACGUGGCAAUGGGUCAAGGCCAGGACGUGGUGGCGAUGGCGAAGCUAGAGAUCGGCCACCGCGAAGGGCACUGGGUCAUGCUCCAGAACAUCCACCUGAUGCCGAAGUGGUGUAUCGAGCUGGAGAAGAAGCUGGAUGCGUUCGCCGUGGAGAACAGCCACUUUGGUAUGCGGGUGAUUUUGUCCGCCGACCCCAGCAAGGGCAUCCCCAUCGGCAUCCUGGAGCGCUCCAUCAAGCUCACGAACGAGCCUCCCCAGGGCAUGCAAGCCAACCUCCGCCGCUCCUUCGCGCUCUUCAGCAAGGAGGACUUCGAGGACAAGGACGGGAGGGUAAAGUCCAUCCUAUUCGCCCUGGUGCACUUUCAUUCCCUGAUGCUCGAGAGGAAGAAGUUCGGCGCAAUGGGUUACAACAUGCUAUAUCCUUUCUCUGCCGGCGACCUCCGAGACUCCGCGCAGGUGCUGUACAACUACCUGGAGGGCAGCUCUUCGGUGAAGAUUCCCUGGGACGACUUGCGGGUGGGCGGAUACAUUUUCGGCGAGAUCAUGUAUGGGGGACACAUUGUCGACGACUGGGACCGCCGCAUGUGCGAGAAGUACCUCUUGUAUUUCAUGAAGGACGAGCUCUUAGAUGAGCUCGAGAUGGUUCCCUACGCAGACGGGAAGCUGUCUUGGAUGUCCCCUCAGCCAGGCCCUCACGACAAAUACGUGGAACACAUGGAAACCAUGCCGGUGGAGUCUCCUCUGUUCUUCGGGAUGCACCCGAACGCAGAAAUCAACUUCCGCACGAAGUUGUGCGACACGACAUUCGAGUCGCUGAUUCUUCUGAUGGGCGCCGCCGCCUCUGGCGGCGACGGCGACGGCGAUCAGCAGAGUCCCAUGGCCAUUGCGGAAACCCUCUGUGGCGAGAUCUUGGAAGAGGUGUUGGAGAAGAAGUUCCCCACCGAAGACAUCAGCCGCUCGCUGAGCGACGAGGAGAAAGGACCUUACCAGUACGUGUUCCUGCAGGAAUGCGAGUAUAUGAACGGGCUGGUCUACGAGAUGGUCAGAGGGCUCCAGGAGCUUCAGCUCGGGUUCAAAGGCGAACUGACGAUGAGCGAACAGAUGGAAGAGAUCGCCGACUCGCUCUGGCUAGAAAAACUCCCCACUUGGUGGAUGAAGCUGGGAUUUCCCUCGACGCGGCCGCUCAAGUCGUGGCGCGUAAACCUGCAGGAUCGGUGCGUGCAGCUGGAGGACUGGACCAACGACCCGCUGACCAUCCCUAAGGUGGUCGACAUCGCGAAGCUCUUCAAUCCGCAGAGCUUCCUGACGGCCAUCAAGCAGUUGUGCUGCCAGCAGCAGGGUCUCGAGCUCGACAAGCUCCAGGUCUACACGGAGGUCACGAAGAGGGAUGUCAAGCAGGUGGAGGGCCACUCCAAGGAAGGCGCGUUCGUUACAGGCAUGUACCUGGAGGGCGCGCGCUGGGACAGCACAGGCAACUCACUGGAGGACUCCAAGCCCAAAGAGAUGUUCACGCAGCUGCCCGUCAUCAUCUGCAAGGCAGGCCCUCUCAUGGACAAGGUGGACAAGAACGUCUACAUCUGCCCAGCGUACUGCGUGCCCACCCGGCGGCCGUACUUCGUCUUCCCGGCGCAGCUGCGCACGAAGGCCGUUCCGGACAAGUGGGUGCUGGCAGGGGUGGCGAUCAUUCUCGACAUCGGCACCGUCUGAGCGCGCUUUUUGUCGCCUCCUUUCCCUUCCCUCACCCGCCCCCGCUGUUUCCCCGCACCCCCCUCUGUCCGCCAAAACCCUGGCGAAAUAGUCUAUCCUUGCAGGCUGCUCCAGAACGCCUGCGCCUUCCUCGCGCUGAGCUGUUUUUUUCUCCAGCGCAGAAGUUGUGGCCUUGCCGGUUUCGGGGGCGCCCGCCGUCUGGGUUGGCUGUCGGGAUCGGAGAGCUACUAGCGUAACCAGCCUCGAACUCAUCCCUGUCCUUGAGGGGGGAGUGGGGAGGGACCGUGUUUUUUUUCGAGGCCGAGCCUCGCGCGCCCGACGCGGUAAACGCUGCGCGGGGCGCCGCCCUCCUUGAUGCCAGAGCGUGGCUCUGCGACCCGCUGGGGGGCCGACCUGUGGAAUUCUUUUGUUGCUUCUUGCAUGGACCAAACGUCAGAAUGUGCAGAGGGAGGGUACAGUAGGCACCCUCAAGCAGGGAUCGACCUGACAGCAGGUGCCCCACGGACAUUUCCGAUCCCCCGAUUCCGCAGCGCCGCGCCCCACCUCCCCACCUGCCCUCCUACGUUUCUGUCUCCCGUGCUCGUGUUCACGGGGCCUCGUUUUGCAUCCGCAGCGCCGCGCACCUCACUCCCUCCUCCUCCCCCUCAUCCUCUCUUCU